AUGGUCAAAUAUAAUAUCGUCGUUUUCGCAGGAGAUUACUGCGGGCCGGAGGUUACCGCAGAGGCGAUUAAGGUCCUUAAAGUGGUUGAAAAGAAGAGAGACGACAUUGAAUUUAACUUCCAAGAUCAUUUGCUGGGUGGUGCUUCAAUAGACGCUACCGGAACGGCGUUGACGGAAGAAGCCCUUGAAGCUGCAAAGAAUGCGGAUGCCGUGAUUCUUGGAGCUGUCGGAGGUCCAAAAUGGGGGACAGGUGCGGUUCGCCCAGAACAAGGCAUCUUGCGUCUACGAAAGGAGAUGGGAACGUUUGGGAAUUUAAGACCUUGCAAUUUUGCCGCUCCAUCGCUUGUCGAUAUCUCGCCGCUGAAAGCCGAUGUCUGCCGUGAUGUUGACUUCAACAUCGUGAGAGAGCUAACAGGCGGAAUAUACUUUGGGGAACGACGGGAAGACAACGGCGACGGCACGGCAAUGGAUACGGAGCCAUAUUCGCGGCCGGAGAUUGAAAGAAUUACCCGCCUUGCUGGUCACCUUGCGCUGCAGCGUAUUCCCCCGCUGCCUGUCUGGAGCUUAGACAAAGCCAACGUUCUCGCAACGAGCCGGCUGUGGCGCAAAGUGGUGACGGAAAUCAUGGAAAAGGAAUUUCCACAAGUUAAAUUUGGCCAUCACCUCAUUGACAGCGCAGCGAUGUUGAUGGUCAAAGACCCCCGGAAGCUCAACGGUAUCAUAGUUACCAGUAACCUUUUCGGUGACAUUAUCAGUGACGAAGCGAGUGUCAUCCCGGGGUCUCUGGGCUUGUUACCCAGUGCCAGUUUGAGUGGGGUCCCUGAUGGAAAGUCCAAAGUGAACGGAAUUUACGAACCCAUCCAUGGCUCUGCACCUGAUAUCGCUGGAAAAGGCAUUGUCAAUCCAGUUGCUGCCAUCCUCUCCAUGGCCAUGAUGCUUCAAUAUUCGCUGAACCGACCAGUCGAAGCCAGCGCUAUCGAAAGCGCGGUACGCAAUGUUAUUGAAGCAGGGAUUCGCACGGGCGAUAUUGGCGGAAAAGCUAAAACGAGCGAAGUUGGUGAUGCGGUUGCGGCAGAGCUUGAGAGAAUCAUGGAAAGUUGGGAUCAAUAA